AUGAAUGACGAGACAUAUGUGAAGGCAGACUUCAACCAGAUUCCAGGAAACCUGGCACCGAAAACCAGUGGAAAGGCCGCUAAGAAGUCUGGAAAGGUGCAGAAAGUCAUCGUCAAGGGAGAGAACAAGAAGAAGAGACAGCGCAGGAAGGAAAGCUAUGCCAUCUACAUCUACAAGGUGUUGAAGCAGGUCCACCCGGACACCGGAGUCUCGUCGAAGGCCAUGAGCAUCAUGAAAAGCUUCGUCAAUGACAUCUUCGGACGUAUUGCUGCUGAGUCGUCCCGUCUGGCUCAAUACAACAAACGCUCGACGAUCACGUCCCGCGAAAUCCAAACUACGGUCCGUCUGCUGCUGCCGGGUGAGUUGGCCAAGCACGCUGUCUCUGAAGGCAAGGUUGCAAAGACUCAUUUCAGCUAA